AUCUUUGUCUCACGGCUCUCUCUCUUUUUCUCUCUUUCUCGACGAAGUCUAAUUCUUUUGAUUCUGAUUCUGCUUCUGCUUCUGCUUCCAAUUCGACAACGACGAGGGACGUGCUCAGCCAUCGAAUCCCAGACAUCUAAAAUGGCUUUCUGCACCAAACUCGGCAUCUUACAAAACAGAAACGUUCCAGUUACAUCAAUGCUCGGUUCUCUCCGUUACAUGUCCACAAAGCUCUUCAUUGGUGGCCUAUCACCCGGAACUGAUGACAAUUCCUUGAAAGAUGUUUUCUCUACCUUCAACGGAGUUACAGAUGGUGCAAUGAAAGCAUAUUCGAGAGGAGUAUGCGUCUCUAAAGGAGGAAGGUUUCCACCAUAUGAAUCAGCAGGAAAGCCUCCUAACUCUAUGGGUAGAGGAUCCAAGGAUCUAACUAUGUGCCGUGUGUUCCGUAAAAGUACAUGUUGCUCUCCUGCUCAGACCAACCCUGCUUUUGUAGCUGUCAGAAACUUGGCUACUUAUGGAGAAGGGUUUUAUUACAGUUAGAUCCGUUUCUCAAUGAACUCACGAGCAUGUUUGAGAAAAGUAAAGACAAGGGAAAUCUAUAGAGUACAAGGCUGCAGAAGAGGAAACUGAGCUCGGCUGGGGAAUCUAUAGAGUACAGAUGCCUUAUACGAGCAACUGAUGCUAAGAAAAUGAUCUCUACUUCGGUACAUGUUCUACUCAUUGAUCUCAAGAUUGCAUUACUCUAGAACCUUUGAUCUUUCUAAACGUUUAACUAUGCCGUGAGUAAGAAUUUAAUUUUGAUAAAAAAAUGUAUAAUAAUUUUUUUUUAAGAACCCUUAAUUAAGAACCUUGCAAUGAAACAAUUAA